AUGGACAGCGAUUUUCGUGCCUCAGAAAAGAUGUGUCCAGGUGAAACUUUUACAAGGCACUGUACAAAAUCUUUGUUUUUCCGAGAACAGUUGAAUGGCGAAAAAGUUAGGCGUGACUGGCUGUGUUAUUCUCCGAAAACUGGCAAGGUUUUUUGUGCUCUUUGCAAACUCUUUUCGAAAGACGAAACAACACAUUUGACUUCAACUGGUUAUUCAGAUUGGCGACAUGCCACAAGAGAUUUAAGCAGGCAUGAAAAUAGUGCUUCUCAUGGAAAAGCAAUUGAAGCCCUUAUCAGGAGAAAAACUUCUGGACAACGCAUAGACAAAGAUCUUGUCAACCAGUUUGAGAAUCAGAAAAAAUAUUGGCACAAAAUACUUUGCCGUAUCCUGAGCGUUAUAAUGCUCCUUUCAUCACGAGGUCUGUCUUUUCGAGGAAGUAAUGAAGUUAUUGGCUCAGUACACAACGGGAAUUAUUUGGGCUGUCUUGAGCUGUUAGCGGAAUAUGAUCCAUUCCUUUCGGAACAUAUUCAAAAGCAUGGCAACAAGGGAAGAGGUCACAUAUCGUACCUGUCAUCAACAAUAUGUGAUGAGUUUAUUGAGUUGAUUGGUCAGCAAUUGCUACAGCAGAUUGUAAAUGAAAUGAAACAAGCCAAAUAUUAUUCAAUUUCUGUUGAUUCCACCCCUGACAUUGCACAUUCUGAUCAACUGACCAUUAUAUUUCGAUAUGUACUUGCCAGUGGUCCAGUGGAGCGUUUUACUAAAUUUAUCCCAAUAUCUGGACAUACUGGUAUGGAACUAGCAAACACGGUUCUUCAAUUUCUGGAAGAAAAGGGUAUUUCCAUCAAAGACUGCAGGGGCCAGUCAUAUGAUAAUGCAUCGAAUAUGAGUGGCAAAUAUAAUGGUAUGCAGGCCUUAAUUCGGGAAAAAAAUCCACUGGCUGAAUACAUUCCUUGUUGUGCACAUUCACUAAACCUUGUAGGACAAAAUGCAGUAAACAGCUGUCCAGUUGCAGUUUCAUUCUUUAAUUUUGUUCAGCAAUUAUAUUGUUUUUUUUCUGCAUCAACUUAUCGGUGGAAUCUUCUAACAAACCGUUUCAAAACAUGUGGUAUACCAACAUUAAAAAGGUUAGCUGAUACGCGUUGGUCUGCUCAUCAUGAUGCUGUGAAUGCCUUACAAAAAGGGUAUACUACUAUCAAAGAAGUCCUUGCAAAUAUUUUGAAUGAUGAGAACACAAAGGGAGAGGUCUGUUUACAAGCAAAGGGCCUAAGCAGUGUUAUGGAUCAGCUGGAAACAGGAAUAAUGAUUGAAAUAUGGUCUGUAAUUUUACCCAGGUUUCACAGAACCAGUCAGAGUCUCCAAGAUGGAAAAUUAGACUUGCAUACAGCAACAGGCAUGCUGAACUCUCUGAAGGAUUUUGUUCAGUCUCUGCGUUCUAAAUUCUCUGAAUUUGAACAGCAGGGCAAAGAUAUUACCUGCUGUGAUGAGUACCAGCUACAACGUGGGAGGAAAAUUAAAAGAAAUAAGAAGUGGGACUAUGGUGAUGCAGAAGAUGCUGGUGCUGAUAUGACACCAUCUGAAAAGUUUAAAGUGAACACCUUUUAUCUUAUUAUUGACCAACUGACAGAAUCACUGAGGCACAGACAAGCAGCAUACAGCGUCAUUCAGGAAAGAUUUGGCUUGCUGUUAGAAAUGUGCACUCUAGCAACAGAUGGUCUAUGCUCCAAAGCCAGAACACUAGUGACACAAUAUCCUGAAGAUCUUGACCCCUUGUUUGCAGAUGAAAUUGUACAGUUUGCCUCUCUUUUCAAAAUUUACCAGUCUUCCUCUGCAAAAAAAGUCAUUAAUGAAAGUCAAGAACUACAAAUGUACAAGUUUCUGGUCACACAAUCCCUAGUCGGUGCAUUUCCAAACACACAUGUGACCCUCCGCAUGUAUUUGUGUUUAAUGGUCAGCAACUGCAGUGGUGAGCGUUCGUUUUCAACAUUAAAACGUGUGAAAAAUGAACUGAGAUCUUCAAUGGGUCAGGAGCGUUUAAAUGCACUCUCUCUGUUAUGCAUUGAAAAUGGGUUGCUGAAUGAGCUGAAUCUUGAUACUACAAUUGAAGAAUUUGCAAGCAAGAAGGCAAGAAAAGCAAAUGUGUAGUUUAAUUAUAAUCUGGCUGUUUGAUUCGUUUUAGGUUAAAAUGGAGUUUAGGAUUGAGUGAAUAACCCUGUUUUUGUGUUUGUUACACUCUGCACUGUUAUCAUACAAUUAUAUUUAAUUUGUUUAUAUGGUUUACGUUCUAUUUAU